GCAGUUCUAUCUGAAGCAAAAAAAAAAAAAAAACAGUUACCUUAAUUUAUUGAGCUGAAAUUUAUGAUUCUGUUUGAAACUCUUGGGGGUUCUUGAUUUUCUAGACUAUGUGGAUGAUUUUCUUUAAAAUCUGGAGUUGUGUUUGGGGAAAAAUUGACUCCUGAAUUUAUGAGAAUUUGUUAAUUUCUUGACAAAAAUUAGAUUGUUUGUGGGUGCAUAGGGAGGGUUUUAAGGGAAAUUGAAUUUUUCAGCAGUUUUAGAGGUGGGAAAGAACUGGGGGUAGUUAUGAUUUUGGUUUGUUUUCACGGGAUAAUUGUUUGUCACAAGAAAGUUGUCAAGGAAAAGGUUUGAUUCUCAACUGCUGCAGUGAUUGCUGAGCCUUAAGUUUUUGCAUACCAGGUGUUUGUGUUUUUGUCUUCUUAGUAUUGGUUAGCAUGAUGAGUAUAAAGUGACAGUAGAGGUAUACGGUGUGUUACAGAGAAAGCUUUGUUCUUCCUAUUCAUACCUAUUUUGUGUUCUUGAAAUGGAUAAUUCUACAGUAGACGUGGACCUGAAAGCAGGAGUAGAAGUUAUCAAGGAUAAGAAUGGAAUUGAUCAAGUUCUGCUUCAGAAUUGCAGAGGAGCUUCAGCUCGGGUGAGCCUACAUGGAGGACAGGUUCUUUCAUGGAAGACUGACCAUGGUGAAGAAUUACUAUUCACCAGUAGCAAGGCAAUUUUUAAGCCACCAAAAGCUGUGAGAGGAGGGAUUCCUAUUUGUUUCCCACAGUUUGGAACUCGGGGUACCCUAGAGGAUCAUGGAUUUGCAAGAAACAAGAUGUGGGUCAUUGAUGAUAAUCCUCCACCUCUACACUCCAAUGAUUCCAAUGGCAACUCAUAUACCGACUUGCUAUUUAAACCUUGUGAGGAUGAUCUUAAAGUUUGGCCUCAUGGUUUUGAAUUUCGUCUUAGAGUUGGUGUGACGAGUGAUGGAUCGCUCAUCUUGAUAUCACGCGUGAGGAAUAUCAACUGCAAGCCUUUUAGUUUCUCAUUUGCCUACCAGACCUACUUUUCAGUAUCCGAUAUCAGUGAAGUAAGAGUGGAAGGCAUAGAGACUCUUGAUUAUCUCGACAACCUCUGCAACAAAGAACGCUUCACAGAGCAGGGCGAUGCAUUGACAUUUGAAUCCGAGGUGGAUCGAGUUUAUCUCAGCUCUUCAGAUGUAGUUGCAGUCUUUGAUCAUGAGAAGAAGCGGACUUUUGUUAUAAAGAAGGCCGGCCUUCCAGACGUAGUUGUUUGGAAUCCAUGGGAAAGGAAAUCAAGAGCGAUAAUGGAUUUUGGAGACGAAGAGUACAAGCAGAUGCUGUGUGUGAAUGGAGCAGCAGUCGAGAAACCAAUCACGUUGAAGCCAGGCGAGGAGUGGACUGGGCGAUUGGAGAUAGCUGUAAUGCCUGCAAUCUAGCAAAUUUCUGCUGUUAUUUAUGCAUCCAGAAACCCAGAAUGCAGAUAUAACUAAUUUAUUGGCCACUCAAAAUGUUAUUAGUACUAAAUGUAUCAUAGCAAUGAAUUGUGUGAGUGAAAAUGGUGGGAAUGUGUUUUAUCUUUUCCCCAGAUUGUUGUAUCAUCACUAUCAUGAAACCUUGUCAUAUGCAUUAAGGUAAUUCCAAAAACUCAA